AUGCCCGACUCCCACAACUUCAUAGUCGGCACCUUCAACACACCCCAUCUAUACACCCUGAGUUUCACCCCUCCAUCAACCUUGACCAUCCUAGCCAAGCACAACGCCGUCGGCUCACACUCAUGGCUACACCUCAACGAAUCCAAAACGAACCUCUACGCCACAGCCUGGACCGAGCCACCAUCCGUAGCCGCCUAUAAGAUCAACGACUCAGCAGGUAAAUCCGUCUCACAGAUCUCGCUGGCCCACACGGCAACACGAUCAGGCUACGUAACCGCCACCAAGACCGCGUUGUUCUCCGCUGGCGGACCGUCCGGGGAGGUCUUCUCGCUUGACCCAGAGAGCGGCGCCAUCAUUCAACCGUCAUCGGAAAAGCCCGACUCAAACCAUCCAAACGGCACCAACACCUCAUCCAAAAUCCAACCACUCCAAACCCUCUCCUUCAUCGACGCAGAGAACAAGCAGAACGCAGGUAACGCGGUCCUCGACUUCGGCGGCCUCCGCCACGGCGCCCACUCCACCGACCUCUCCCCCAGCGAACAUGCCCUCUACGUAGCCGACAUCGGCCGCAACUGCAUCUGGACGUACUCCGUCUCCCCUACUAACGGUACCCUCACCCUCGGCGAGAAACACAUCAGUCCGCGACCGGACGACGGGCCGCGACACGUGUGGCCGCAUCCGAAUGGGAAGGUGGUGUAUUGCUUGCAGGAGCAUACAAGCAUUGUGGACGUGUUUGAGUGUGAUGAGGCAGGUGUGAAGUUGACGUGGGUGCAGGGCAGGAGGAUUGUGCCGAAGGAGCACGGGAAGGAGUUGUUUUGGGCGGAUGAGGUGAGGACGAGUUUGUCGAAUGGUGGGAGUCCGAAGUAUCUGUAUGCUAGUACGCGGGGUCUGAAGGAGGGGGUCACGCCGGGGUGGGUGGCAGUCUAUGCGCUGGACGUGAAUGGGCUCAUCACCUCGACUGGCUCGGAGACAGCAGAAGACUCGAAAGACGAGCACAACCAAAAUGGUCUCCUAGCGCUAUGGGAAACGCCUACGUCCGGCGGCUGGGCGAACGCGGUCCAGCCUGGGCCGACGGUGGAUGGCGUGGAGUAUCUGGCACUGACGGAUAGCGAGAAGGGGUAUGUGAUGGUGUUGAGCUGGGAUGGGCGGGAGAUCAAGGAGGCUGCAAGAGUGAGAUUGGAAGGCGGUGGAGAUAAAGUUGAAGGCGCAGCUACUGCUGUUUGGUUGUCGUAA